CGGGCCAAUAGGCUGCAGCAGGGUUGGAGCGCUCGCCGGGUCCCAGGGCGGCGGGGGUUCGCAGCCCCAGCCCCGGGCCAUGUGGGAGCCUCUCGGCGCUGAGGCGUUCGCGGCGGCCCUCGGCGGCGUACUCUUCGUGCUGCUCUUCGCGCUGGGGGUCCGCCAGUUGCUGAAGCAGAGACGGCCGUCGGGCUUCCCGCCGGGACCGUCGGGGCUGCCAUUUAUCGGCAACAUCUAUUCGCUGGCCGCCUCGGCCGAGCUCCCCCAUGUCUACAUGAAAAAACAGAGCCAGGUGUUCGGCGAGAUCUUCAGUUUGGAUCUUGGAGGUAUAUCAGCUGUGGUUCUGAAUGGCUAUGAUAUAGUAAAGGAAUGUCUUGUUCAUCAGAGUGAAAUUUUUGCAGACAGACCAUGCCUUCCUUUAUUCAUGAAGAUGACAAAAAUGGGAGGCUUACUUAAUUCCAGAUAUGGCCGAGGAUGGGUUGACCACAGAAAGUUAGCUGUAAACAGCUUUCGCUGUUUUGGCUAUGGCCAAAAGUCCUUUGAAUCUAAAAUCUUAGAAGAAACAAAAUUUUUCAUUGAUGCUAUUGAAACAUACAAUGGUAGCCCUUUUGACCUUAAACAAUUAAUAACAAAUGCUGUUUCAAAUAUAACCAAUCUGAUCAUUUUUGGAGAACGAUUCACUUAUGAAGACACUGAUUUUCAGCACAUGAUUGAGUUAUUUAGUGAAAAUGUGGAACUAGCCGCCAGUGCCUCAGUCUUCCUGUAUAAUGCCUUUCCAUGGAUUGGCAUCUUGCCUUUUGGAAAACAUCAACAACUGUUUAGAAAUGCAGCUGUGGUCUAUGACUUUCUCUCCAGGCUUAUUGAAAAAGCUUCCGUCAACAGAAAGCCUAAGUUACCUCAGCAUUUUGUUGAUGCUUAUUUAGAUGAGAUGGAUCAAGGUAAAAAUGACCCAUCGUCUACUUUCUCCAAAGAAAACCUAAUUUUCUCUGUGGGUGAACUCAUCAUUGCUGGAACUGAAACUACAACCAAUGUGCUACGGUGGGCAGUUCUUUUCAUGGCCCUUUAUCCUAACAUUCAAGGACAAGUUCAGAAAGAGAUUGAUUUAAUUAUAGGACCCAAUGGGAAGCCUUCUUGGGAUGACAAAUGCAAAAUGCCUUAUACUGAAGCAGUUUUGCAUGAAGUUUUAAGAUUCUGUAAUAUAGUGCCAUUAGGGAUUUUCCAUGCAACCUCUGAGGAUACAGUUGUACGUGGUUAUUCCAUUCCUAAAGGCACAACAGUAAUUACAAAUCUUUAUUCUGUACACUUUGAUGAAAAGUAUUGGAGAGACCCAGAAAUAUUCUAUCCAGAGCGAUUUCUGGACAGCAAUGGAUAUUUUGUCAAGAAGGAAGCUUUGGUUCCCUUUUCCCUAGGGAGAAGACAUUGUCUUGGAGAACAGCUGGCUCGGAUGGAAAUGUUCCUGUUUUUUACAACACUGCUUCAGCGAUUUCACUUGCAUUUUCCACAUGAACUGGUUCCAAAUCUGAAGCCCAGGUUAGGCAUGACAUUGCAACCCCAGCCCUACCUCAUCUGUGCUGAAAGAUGCUGAAAGUGCAUGGUUAUUUUGUGGAACAAGGUGUUUGCCUCACCCCUGAACCUUGUUUAAUCAGUGUGUGUGUUUAAGAAUCACAGCAUCAUAAAACCAAAGGAACACAGAUAUGUCUUUAAAAACAGUACUACUGUAAUAAUAAGCAUUAGCUAUUAUUUUUCCCAGCCUUUUAUAACUUAUACAGUAGAAUUACCUGAGGAAAACAGAGGUGCAAAUGACAAUUGUUGCUUAAGAUACUAAGAAGGACCAUCAGUGCCCUGACUUUUCAGCCUCUUGUUGAGCACCGUGUACCCCUCAUCUCUUCUUGACUCCAGCUUGUUCAUGUCUGGGCACUUUGCUUCCAGAUGUCAACACCAGCUCCUUUCUGAUCAGGUAUUGUCAUUAAUAGAUUGUGUGGUACUAGUCCAGUUUAAUAGUGGACUGAAGAAGAAAUUAGAACCCGAACAAAUGAGUUUGGACCACAGAUGUAUUUUAGACAUUGGUGGCAGAUGAUAGAAUAGAUAUCUACAUAGUAUAUUUAAUGUAAAACCUGCCAGUGAUUUCAAAUCUUGCUUCCUACUAUAGCUUCAUGAGAGCUAUGUCAUUCUUCCUACAAAUGAGGGUCCCUGUGACCCUCAUAGCAGCACCUCAGUAGGUACGAAAUUACAGUAAUGUAUUUUAAAAUGACAUAUAACUUUUUUGUUCCUUUCUUUCUUUCUUUUUUUUUGGCUGACCAAGGAUUGAACCCAGGCCUUCUGCAGUGAAAGCACUGAGUCCUAACCACUGGACCACCAGGGAAUUCCUGACACAUGUCUAUUAAUUCUUUGUAGGCACAGACUUUUUCCUUAGUACCAUUUUUUCCCCA